GAGAGAGAGCGAGCUAGCCUGUCAAAUUAGAGGAUGUCAUAUUUCUCUGAAAGUCUUUGGGUGUUUCUUUUCUCUACAGCUUAUUUUGUGGUUGAGUUUCUGCCUGUUAGCGCUUUUAUGCGCUUAAACAAUGCAGUUAAGUCAAGUCACACAUUUCACGGUGUUUCUGCUCCUGCAGUUCAGUGCACUCCUGGGCAUUGAAACGCUGCAUCAGAUGGACAUGCGAGAUGGCGACGUGCAUCGCCUGCCUUGUGUCUCCAAGAAAACUACUGUGAGGUGCAGAUUGUCUGAAGAGUAUCUUCAAGGUUCUCAGACGACUCUGCUGGAGGUUGUAGCUGGACAGAUGGUUGAAGUUCAUUUAACAUCAAACAGUUCCACACAAUGCUUCUGGGAACAAAGAGGGACGUCCAAUUUGCUAUUGGAGUCUUUUGAAAAAGGAAUGGACGGCAUAUACAGCUUGAUCUGUGGAGACGGCAAAACUGCCAACAUCUCAGUCCAAGUUAAUACAUCAGCAAGGCGGCCGUCAGUGCCGCAGCUCACAGUCAGCAGCGAUGAAGAAUACACUGCAUAUUUUCAAUGUGUUUCUGAGGGAAAUCCCAAGCCAACCAUUACAUGGUAUGAAGAUGAAUCGCAUAUUAGCAAAGGUCAAGCGGAGAUAAAAAGGACAGAAAAAUAUGUGACCGAGAGCAAACUGAACCGUUUCCCUCGCUCUAAUAUAAAGUGCUGUGCUACAAACUCACACGGAGAGGAAUGUUCCUACAGCUAUCAUAAAGACCUUGACAAAGCCACGCUAAAAACUGAAGCUCCUCAGGUUCUGCUGCGUGCUGGACAGUCUCUUGCACUCCAAUGUCAUAAAACUGAUAAAGGCGGCCUUGAAGUGAAGUGGUACUUCAACAACGACACAAAGCUCACAGGAAUAACUGUACGGUAUUACAACCAUAUGAUGGAGUAUUAUUCUCUUGCCCCGGUUAGUGUGGCCGAUAGUGGAGAGUACCGUUGCAAUAGCAAUGACGGGCAAACAAAAGCUAUAAAGGUUCAGGUCAUUGAAAACGACAGUCUGGAGAUACUGAAGCUGAACAAAUCCAUUACAAUCCAGGAGAAAGACAAGGCGAAUUUCUGCUUCCACGCUGAGGUGCUGUCUCACCCAAAAGCGCAGUGUCACUGGAUCAGCCCGAGCGGCAUCGUGGUGCAGUGCAGUGAAACUCGGCACCUCUGGGGUGAAAGCACUUUUACGCUGUGUAACCCAGAACCGGGCCAAUAUCAGAUCCACCUGAGGGCUGGUAGAAAGGUCGUCACGGAAAGUCUGUCCCUCUGUGUGACAGAUACUCCUAAGUUUCUGCUACUCCAAGAACUGGUCCAAGUCAUCUGUAUGACCAGAAGUGUCCUUCCUGUAAACGUGUCCUGGAUGACCUGUUCUUCAAGCGCUGAUUUUAGGGAUCCUUCGGCAUGGAAAGAGACGUAUAAUGAUUCUCCAGAGUACUCCGACUCCGGACAGUUCUGCCAGAAGGACUUGUUCGUCUCUCGGCCUUUGAGUGACUUCAACGACCACUUUGUGAAAUGCUGCAGUAUUAAUAAUAAUAAUCAUAUCAUUUCAUACUGCAGUGAUCAAAUCCUUGUGAAAAGAUCUUCAACAAAUUCUUUAUUCCUGGUGGUGACCUGCAGCAUACUUGUCCUUACCCUCAUGCUGCUCAGCAUCAUCCUGUUUCAUUUCAUCCGCAAAAAAAAGCCUGGUUAUGAAACCCAGAUCCAGAUGAUUCAGGUGGUUGGACCCUCUGAUAACGACUACAUCUACAUCGACUUCAGAGAUUUUAAAUAUAACCAGGAAUUGGAGUUUCCUCGUGAGAAUCUGGAACUGGGGAAAGUGUUAGGCUCUGGAGCUUUUGGCACGGUCGUGCAGGCUACAGCAUAUGGGAUCAGCAAGCCUGGAGUGUUCAUGCAAGUUGCAGUGAAAAUGCUAAAAGAGAAGCACCAAGCAGUAGAGAAAGAAGCCUUGAUGUCUGAACUGAAGAUGUUAACUUACAUAGGACAUCAUGUGAACAUUGUGAACCUGCUGGGAGCCUGCACGGGCACAGGUCCCAUUUACCUGAUCUUUCAAUUCUGCCGUUAUGGAGACCUGCUGAAUUACCUGAAGAACAAAAGAGAGCACUUCUUCAAGUCCUUAACAGACGCUUUCAACAAGGACAGAUUCAGCAGCCUGUACAACUAUCAGCGGAAGAGAAACUCCAGUGACUUUGUUCAGUCUGGUGAUAACCAGUACGUUCCCAUGUCCCCGGUCAACAAAGAACAGGAGGCACUGCUUAGCUGCACGGAAGCUAAUGAGGAUUCAUUUGAAAAGGAAGACGAUGAGGAUCCUCAGACACUGACUUAUGAAGACCUCCUGAGCUUCUCCUACCAAGUGGCUAAGGGCAUGGAGUUCCUGUCCUCUAAAAAUUGUAUUCAUCGAGACCUCGCAGCCAGAAAUAUCUUAGUGACCCAGAACAGACUGGUGAAGAUCGGUGACUUUGGCCUGGCACGAGAUGUCGAAAAUGACUCUAACUACGUAGUGAGAGGAAAUGCUCGUUUACCAGUGAAGUGGAUGGCACCAGAGAGUAUUUUUAAAGGCUUGUACAACAUGCAGAGUGACGUCUGGGCCUAUGGGAUCCUGCUCUGGGAGAUCUUCUCUCUUGGUGUGACUCCGUAUCCUGGUAUAAAAGUGGAUAGCACCUUCUACGCCAUGAUCGACAGAGGCUUUCAGAUGGAGCGCCCUUAUUACGCCUCUGAGUCUGUGUAUAAAUUGAUGUGCCACUGUUGGGCUCUGGAACCCAAAGACAGACCCUGUUUCUCCAGAAUCGUGGCUUUCAUGGAGUAUCAGCUGAGUGAUUUUGAAGAACGGCUCUACCAUAACGUCGAAGGGAAAAAAAACAGUGACUCCAUUUACCAGAAUGCACCGCGGACCUCCGAACCUGUAGCAGUAAAAGAAUACGUACAUCAGUCAUCAGUGACAGAUUCGGUCUGCAGCACUGAAACCACAGAGUCACAGAUUAGCGUGGAAAUAAUGACUCAUCUUUAAAAAUCGUGCAAAGCUACGCUCAAUUCUCAAUUCUAUAAUACACAAUAUUGAUCAGGAUAUAUACAGAUGUUUUCUCAUAAACGUCCAGCAAUAAUUUCAUUUCUGCAGUCUAAACAAAUAGAUUUAUUAAAUUUAUAAUAGUUUUAUAUAAAAUUAAUUAAAAAAAAAACAAUAAACAUUUAAAAUAAAAGAUUAAAAAAGAGAUAAGAAAAAUAUGAAUAUCAUUAUUUUAUUUUAGAAUUUUAAAGAUUAAGUUCAAACUUUUAACUUGAAAUUAAAUGCUUCCAGUCAGUUUUUUCUAAAACUUUAUAUUUCUAUAAUGUAAUUCAGGACAUCUGAUGACACAUUCAUUGUUUUGAAUCAUCAUUUUGCGAGUUUUCACUGUAUGAUGUCCUCCACUGGCCUCAUCUGUCUUAGUCUGUAACAGUGAAUGUAAACAUUUUGUAUAUUUGCUUGGUUUUAUUUCAAUAAACCCCAGACAGAGUGCUUUUUUUAAAUUGUCAA